CCACAAGUCAUCAAUUCCAUCCUCCCUCACUUUUGCCCUAAUUGGCCACGGCACGACGCGACGCCGUGUCCCGCUCGAACGUCUCCAACCUCGAGCUCCAGCUUCAACCUCCACCUCCAGCUCUUUCAUAGUUUCACGUUCCCUUCCUCCCUCCCCAAUCCCUCUCAAUUUCUCUCUCCUAGGGUUUCCGCCCCGCCCCCCCCUCUCUCUCUCUCUCUCUUGCUUCCUCUUCUCGUCCUUCCUUCCUUCGUCCUUCGCGAGCCUCGGCUCUGCUCGGGGUUUCCGAGAUGGGAGUGCCCGCGUUCUACCGGUGGUUGGCCGAGAAGUACCCGAUGGUCGUGGUCGACGUCGUCGAGGAGGAGCCCGUCGUCAUCGACGGGGUCCCGAUCCCCGUCGACACCAGCAAGCCCAAUCCCAACAGCAUCGAGUUCGACAACCUCUACCUCGACAUGAAUGGGAUCAUCCACCCCUGCUUCCACCCCGAGGACAGGCCAGCUCCAACAACAUUCAAUGAGGUGUUUGAGUGCAUGUUUGACUAUAUUGACAGACUUUUUGUGAUGGUGCGACCUCGAAAAUUGUUAUAUAUGGCUAUAGAUGGUGUCGCACCAAGAGCAAAAAUGAAUCAGCAGCGGUCGAGGCGUUUUAGAGCAGCUAAAGAUGCAGCAGAGGCGGCAGCUGAAGAAGAGCGGCUAAGACAGGAAUUUGAAAGUGAAGGCCGGAAGCUACCUCCCAAGAAUGAAUCUCAAGUUUUCGAUUCAAAUGUCAUUACUCCUGGAACAGAAUUCAUGGCUGUUUUGUCAGUGGCACUGCAGUAUUAUAUCCAUCUUAGGCUAAAUAAUGACCCUGGGUGGAGAUCUAUUAAGGUUAUCCUUUCUGAUGCAAAUGUUCCUGGUGAAGGGGAACACAAGAUCAUGUCAUAUGUCCGUCUCCAAAGAAAUCUUCCUGGAUAUGAUCCAAAUACACGGCAUUGCCUGUAUGGUUUGGAUGCUGAUUUAAUUAUGUUAGCUUUGGCCACACAUGAAAUUCAUUUUUCGAUUCUUCGAGAGAUUGUUUUCACUCCUGGUCAACAGGACAAGUGCUUCCUGUGUGGCCAAAUGGGUCAUUUGGCAGCAGAUUGUGAGGGGAAGGCAAAGAAGAAGUCAGGAGAAUUUGAUGAAAAAGGUGAUGAUGCUGGCAUUGUUAAAAAGCCAUACCAGUUUUUGAACAUUUGGACUCUCAGGGAGUAUUUGGAGUAUGAGUUCAGGAUUCCAAAUGUUCCUUUUGAAGUAGAUUUUGAGCGCAUCGUGGAUGACUUUAUCUUCAUUUGCUUCUUCGUUGGCAAUGAUUUUUUACCUCACAUGCCAACCUUGGAAAUUCGCGAGGGUGCGAUCAACUUGCUGAUGGCAGUCUAUAAGAAGGAAUUUAGAGAUUUGGGUGGAUAUUUGACUGAUGGAAGCAAGCCGAAUCUGGGCAGGGUUGAGCAUUUCAUUCAGGCUGUAGGGUCAUUUGAAGAUAAAAUUUUUCAGAAAAGAGCAAGAUUGCAUCAGCGGCAAUCAGAAAGGAUAAAGCGUGAUAAGGCUCAAAAAAAAAGAGGCGAUGAUGCCGCACCUCAAGUCGAACCUGAGUCUUUGGUUCCAGUUUCUCGAUUUCAGGGUUCCCGUCUUGCUUCAGGUCCUUCGCCCUCUCCCUAUGAGCAACAAGGAACUGAGUCUCGGAGCCAGGUUGACGCUAGAAACAAAAGGAAGUGGACUGCAGAUGAUAAUACAACUUCACAGGCACAUAAGGUUGCACGUUUGUCUUCAGGGGCAACAAUAGGUGCAGCCAUUGUUGAAGCAGAAAAUAGUCCUGAAGAGGUGUAUGAGAAUAAGGAAGAAUUGAAGGCAAAGCUUAAGGAAUUACUACGUGAGAAGUCUGAUGCUUUUAAUUCUGCAAACCCGGAAGAAGACAAGAUCAAAUUGGGAACACCAGGGUGGAAAGAAAGAUAUUAUGAAGAAAAAUUUUCUGCAAGGAGUCCAGAAGAACUUGAAGCAAUCAGGAGAGAUGUUGUUUUGAAGUACACAGAAGGCUUAUGUUGGGUAAUGCACUAUUACUACGAGGGAGUUUCUUCUUGGCAGUGGUUCUAUCCAUAUCAUUAUGCGCCCUUUGCUUCUGAUUUAAAGGAGCUUGGUCAGCUGGAUAUAAGCUUUGAGCUAGGUUCUCCUUUCAAACCUUUCAAUCAGCUACUUGGUGUUUUCCCAGCUGCAAGUUCCCAUGCCCUUCCAGAGCAGUACAGGAAGUUAAUGACUGAUCCAAAUUCACCCAUCUUCGAUUUCUAUCCUAUUGAUUUUGAAGUUGAUAUGAAUGGAAAACGCUACUCUUGGCAGGGUAUUGCCAAAUUGCCUUUUAUAGACGAAGUUCGACUUCUUGCAGAAGUUGAGAAAAUUGAACAUACUUUAACGGAGGAGGAAGCACGAAGAAAUAGUGUGAUGUUUGACAUGCUAUUUGUGUCAUCAUCUCAUCCUCUCUCGGUUUGCAUAUACUCUUUGGACAACCGCUGUAAACAGUUGAUGGACAAAGACCGGGCUGAAAUCAAGGAGCAACUUAAACCUGAGUUGAGUGGCGGGAUGAAUGGCUACAUUUCACCUUGCGCUGGAGAUCCAUGUCCUCCUUUUUUCAGAUCUCCUGUAGCUGGCAUGGAAGAUAUCAUGAACAAUGAAGUCUUAUGCGUCAUAUACAGACUCCCAGAUGCGCACAAACAUAUAACAAGACCACCUGCAGGCGUUGUCUUUCCCAAGAAGAUUGUGCAAUUGGAGGAUGUCAAACCUGCUCCUACUUUGUGGCACGAGGAUUCUGGAAGGAGGCCUUGGGAGAAUGGGAGCAACUCAAACACGGCUUACCAGAGGCAAAAUCCCCCUGGCACAAUGUCUGGGCGGCAGCUAGGAGACGCAGCACAUCGGCUUGUUGUCAACAGUUUACAGUAUAAAGCAGUGGAUGCUAAUGGUUAUGCCAAUUAUGGGCAUGCUCCGCCUCCAUACCCGGGCCCACUUUCAUGGCACCAAGAACAGUUCGUAGCGGCUCCACCUAGGAGCGCACUACAUCCCCCGGGCUUCCACCAGCACCCAAAUGCGACAAGUUCAAGAGAUUCCCAUGAUUAUGGUCACGGUCGACCCCACUCUCGACCAACAGCUCACCCUCGCGGUCAUGAAAGAAACAACUCAUCAGCAUCUCUGGGCAAUGGGUCUCAUUCUAGGCAUGCAAACUAUCCACGUGGACAGUAUAAUGGUCCAUCCAGGUACUCCCCUGGACCUAUCCAGCGGCCUCCCAAUGUGAGUGGUUCUUAUCAAUAUCAAGAGCCCUAUAAUAGUCACCAUAGUUCCCAUGUACAAGGAGGUCCUCCCGCUCAAGCCCAAUGGCGUGGAGGCUGGACUCCUCGAGGAAAUUAUAACCAUCCCAGAGGCUAUAUGGGCCCACAACAAUCAAGCAACCCUUACUCUGCGCUAGACAGAAGAGGUGAUCGGCAGCCACCUCCGCCAGGUUAUGGCCGCCGGUAGAAUUUUUUUCCUGUGAAUUGUGGUCGUAGGUUUAUUGCUUUAGGUGAGAGAAUGUUGUACAAUAGUCUGUUUUUUAAGUGUUUAAUAGCUGUAUCAAUUUUUUUCUUCUGCUCUACCUAGUUGGCGUAGCUAUGGGUUCUUUUCUGCCUGAUUAGAAGAACAUUUUUAUUUUUCUGUUUUUUAAAAGUGGCAGCUGCCAUUAUGCCAAUAAAAUCAAGCAUUCAAUGGCAUUUGGUAGCCUCGAUUCAUGUUUUUCUUUACAUCUUUGUGUCGCAUUCUCUCAAGUUGCAAUAUUCCCAGAAAUGUGAGGAGGAGGUUUUUGGUGAAAGUGAGGUUGUAGUGUAGUUAUGGUCCCGAGCGAACGAACAAUGAACAAGGAAUUUACGAGGAUGGUGCACCGAGUUCUAAUAAUUUGGGGAAGUUGAUCUUCCACUCCAACGAUGAGGAGUCUUGAGUACCUGGAUUUUGCCUCUGCGUGAGCCUUACGUGUUAGAGAUGAAGUUAUAUUUAUGGGUAGACAGCAUCUUUGUUCCUCUACUCACAGUUUUAUUUGUAUGGUUGAAUCUAUUUUAUUCAUGCUGUUCUUUUAUUGUGCUUAGCUUUUGGCCUUGGAUUUGCGGCCGUGUACCAUAGAAAGAUUUAAACUUUCCAGUCUGCAGCUGCUUAUGCACAUCUUGUGAUGGUCAGCUGGAUGGAUUCUGUAUUUGAAGCAUAAUCUCAUCGGUUGUUUAUUUA